AUGACCCGAAUUCCAUUACAAACUCGCCAUAAGUGCAGUCCUCCUACAUGCCGUAUCCAACAGCACAUCCAACUUCCAUCACUUUCCAACGCUUUUUCUCCCGCUGAGCCAUAUCCUUCGCAUCCAUUCUCACCCACACGGAUGGAUGCCUCACAUAGCCCGUCUUUCAUGGAUGCCUAUUUUGAUCUCAAGUCUUGGACGACUCGUCGCUACCGAUCAAUUUGUCAACCUUCAACACCGCUCAUACCAUCCAUCCCCACGCAAGACAUGGAAGAUCUUUUGGUCGUCACCUAUGGAACACUCUGCCCGCAAUGUCUGGUAUCGAAUCAUCCACAACACCAUCCCCACCUGCUCGUUCCAGCACAUUAUGGUACACCAUAG